CUCAAGCCGCGAGCACAGUUUCCCGCCUUUUCCCGGCCGGGCCGCGGCCCCCGCCUGGAUGCUCCCGCCGGAGCGCAGUGCGCGUGCGCGACUCCCCGAAGCGCGCGAAGUCGGGCCGCCGGGGCCCUGCGACACGGUGCGCAUGCGUCAGCGUGUCGGUGCGCCGGGUCAAGGGUCAGCCCACAAGAUGGCGGCGGCAGUGACCUUCUGCCGGCUGCUGGGCCGCACCGGCCCGGCGGCGCUGAGCCUGCCCCGGGGCGCCCGGUGCUUUGGGGUGCGCACGUCGCCGACCGGGGAGAAGAUUACGCACACCGGCCAGGUCUACGACGACGCGGACUACAGGAGGGUCCGGUUCGUGGGUCGCCAGAAAGAGGUGAAUGAAAACUUUGCCAUUGAUCUGAUCGCCGAGCAGCCCGUGAGCGAAGUUGGAAAUCGUGUGAUCGCGUGUGACGGCGGCGGGGGGGCUCUUGGCCACCCGAAAGUGUACAUAAACCUGGUACCGUCCCGCGCGUCCCUCGCGGCGCUGGCCCUCACCUUUCCUCCGGCCACGUGGACAAGGAGACGAAGACGGGGACGUGCGGCUACUGCGGACUGCAGUUCCGACAGCACCGGCAUUAGCGCGGGCCGUGCGCGCACAGCGCCUCUCGCUGGGGCUGAAUAAACGGUGUUGGGACCCCGGA